UUGACCUAGAGUCGGACGAAAGGAUCGCAGACGCAGCAUGUCUAUGGAAAAGAUAUUCUGCGGAAGGAUGGGAGACAAAAUUAUGUCUUUCGUGGGAUUGUCAGUGCAGUUUAAUCGCUAUUUCAACGCAAAGUAUCAAGAUAUAUCUAAAUGCAUUAUACGACCAAUCGUUGGAGUAAACACUAGCGUACGAAGCAACAGGGAAUGUUUACGAGUAAGAAGAUUUGUACAUGCUGGUACUGCAACUACAAGUACAAAUCCUCGGUCAGAUAAACCUGCGAGAAAAGUGUGUACUUCAAAUUCUACUUCAGAUGUUAACAAAAAGAAAAUAUCGUUAACAAUAUCAGAGACAAGCCCUACAUUGUCUGAUUUUAUGCCACAGACAACACAAGCCAUAGGCAGCGAUUUAGGUUGUUCUGUACCUUAUAUUCAGCACCGAUCUUUAAGUGGCAUUGGGAAGAAAGUUUAUUUCCAAACUUAUGGAUGCCAGAUGAAUGUCAGCGACACUGAAAUAGCCUGGAGCAUCUUAAAGAAGAAUGGCUAUGACAGGACAAGUGAUGUCACAGAGGCAGAUGUGAUUCUUCUAAUGACAUGUGCAAUAAGAGAAGGUGCAGAAGGAAAGGUGUGGAGCCAACUUGAGUUUUUCAAAACUCUUAAAAAGAGGCAUAGAGUUCGGGGACGACAUCCUGUGACUAUUGGGUUACUUGGAUGUAUGGCAGAGAGACUGAAGCAAGAAAUUGUUGAACGAGACAAAAUGAUAGAUGUGGUGUGUGGACCAGAUGCCUAUCGUGACCUUCCUCAUCUUCUAGCUAGUGCUGCAUCAAGUGGCCAUGCUGCAGUUAAUGUGCAACUGUCGUUGGAAGAAACUUAUGCAGACGUAGUUCCAGUUCGUUAUGAUACUAGUAACACUUCUGCUUUUGUCUCUAUAAUGCGAGGAUGUGACAACAUGUGCACAUACUGCAUUGUGCCUUUCACACGUGGUCGAGAGAGAAGUCGCCCCAUGGGGUCCAUAUUAAAUGAAAUCAGGGCUCUCUCUGAUGAGGGAAUCAAAGAGGUAACACUGCUUGGACAGAAUGUCAACAGUUACCGGGAUAUGUCAGAAGAUCAUCAUUUGGGUGGUGUUGAUCUUGAUUCAGUGUCUGCCCCAUGUAGUGGCUUUAAAACAGUUUAUAAACCACGCAAGGGGGGAAGGCGAUUUGCUGAUCUACUAGAUAAAGUUUCCCUCAUCGAUCCAGAAAUGCGCAUUCGUUUCACAUCUCCUCACCCUAAGGACUUUCCUGAUGAGGUAUUAAGACUGAUCCAGGAACGGCCCAACAUCUGCAAACAGCUUCAUCUCCCAGCACAGAGUGGCAGUGACAGGGUUUUAGCAUCAAUGGGACGGGGCUACACAUGUUCAGCCUACGUUGAUCUUGUGCACCACAUUCGCAGUAUUAUUUCAGAUGUUGCCUUGUCUAGUGAUUUUAUUGCUGGCUUUUGUGGGGAAACAGACGAGGACCAUCAAGACACUCUGUCACUCAUCCGUCAUGUCAAAUACAACUUUGCCUUCUGUUUCCCAUAUAGUAUGCGGCAGAAAACAAGAGCAUUCCACCGCUUGAUUGAUGAUGUUCCAGCUGAUGUGAAGCAGAAACGGCACAAAGAGAUUGCUUCAGUAUUCAGAGUUGAGUCUGAGAAGGUCAAUAUUUCUCAGAUUGGAAGCAAACAGCUGGUUCUUGUGGAAGGGAAUAGCAAGAGAUCACCCCAAGACAUUGCAGGCAGGAAUGAAGCCAACACAAGAGUAAUCUUUCCCAAUGCUGAGCUUCCUUCUAGCAAAGAAGCACAAGAUCUCCAUCCUGUCAAACCUGGGGACUAUGUCGCUGUACAGAUUGUUUCUGGGACAUCCCAGACUUUGAGAGCUGUGCCGUUAUAUCAUACGACACUACAAGACUUUUGGAAGAAUCAAGCAUCUUACAAAUAUGAUCUUGAGCUGUCUCUGAUAUAGCCUUUUGUCCGCCAGGGGUUAUUUUGAGUG